CUCCUGCCCACCCUGCGCCCUGUGCCCCCCACCAGCCCCUGCCCCUGCCUCGGCCCUGGCCACCCCCUGCUGCUGGCCCUGCUGGCGCUCCUGGCACUGUCGAGCCUGGUCCUGGCCACACUGGCCAUCUACCUGAGUGUCCUGCAGAGCCAGUCGGUGAGGGCGCUGGCCCAGUGGCUGGAGAGCCAGGAGGACGCCGUGCACCAGCUGCGGGCAGCCAGCAGGCAGCUCUGGGCUCGCCUCAAUGCCAGUGCCCAGCCUGGUGGGCACCGCUGAGCUGCCCCUGGUCCCACCAUGGGCUCCGGGCCACUACAGGAAGGGGCACCGAAGGGCAGGAGGGGGGAGUGAGCAGGCUUACCUGCUGAGACCUGGCAGCAUCGCCCCUUGGGGCACAGGGGCAAUCCUGGCCCCUGUCCCAGGCUGUGAAAGAAACUGGGCUGUAAGGACCUGCAUCCGCCCCAGUGACAGCCCUUCCUCUUAACAAGGCAGAAGGCAUACUUCAGUUAGCCUUUUAAUUACCUCUUACAAUCAAAGUCUUAGAAAAUCACCAUGAUAGAUACAUUCCCAGGCAGGCACUGCCAACUGGCAUGGCCCCAUGCCCGCCUGGGCAGUGCCCCACCCCCCCAUAAUUAAUUUCCCACAAUAUUACUAUUUAAUAUAAAGCAUUUGGCUGGAAAAGGACUGAGGGUGGGCAGCUGGCAGGGUUGGGCAGAGCUCACCACUCCACACCGCUCUGCCACCAUCGCUGAUGCCAGCCUAGCUGGGGAGGCAGGGGCUAUACCCAGCAUGGCAGGGCAGGGAGAAUGCUCCUGCCACAGGCACAGACACUAGGACCAGCUGCUCCACAGCCCUGCACAGCUUUGCCCUCCCACCCACACUUCAGGCUGUGCCAGGCCACCCUGGUGCCCCUGCAGGACUGGGGAGGGUGUACAUGAGCCCUGCCACUGAAAAGGGCUGCAGGAACCUGGGUGAGACCCCCUCCCACCGUGCCACAUGGAUCCCCAGCCAUAGAGCAGGCACAUGGCAGCACGACACCACCUCCCUCUGCUCUUCUUUUAUCCUUCCUAUUUUUUUGGUUAAAAAAAUAAAAGAGGGGGCAGCCCCCCGCUUGGGGCAGCUCCAGACAUUAAA